UGGUGCUGCUGCUGUUGCUGAGGUAGCUGCAUCCCCGCGCCCAGGCCGAGGCGGAGGCUGCGCGCUUGGCGAACGUGACUGAUCCGCGCCUCUCGCCUCUCGGCUGCACCGGCCCCUGCGGCCGCCUGAGUGUCUCGGCUGGUGUGUGCGCUGCCCCGGCGAGGAUGCGGCUGUUCCGGUGGCUGCUGAAGCAGCCGGUGCCCAAGCAGAUUGAGCGCUAUUCCCGCUUCUCCCCGUCGCCGCUCUCCAUCAAGCAGUUCCUGGACUUCGGGAGAGACAAUGCGUGUGAAAAAACGUCAUACAUGUUUCUACGGAAGGAGCUUCCUGUGCGCCUGGCUAACACCAUGAGAGAAGUUAAUCUUCUGCCGGAUAAUUUGCUUAACCGCCCUUCAGUGGGAUUGGUCCAGAGUUGGUAUAUGCAGAGCUUCCUUGAACUCUUGGAGUAUGAAAAUAAGAGCCCCGAGGAUCCAAAGGUCUUAGAUAACUUUCUACAAGUUCUUAUUCAAGUCAGAAAUAGACACAAUGAUGUGGUUCCUACAAUGGCACAAGGAGUGAUUGAAUACAAGGAGAAGUUUGGGUUUGAUCCGUUCAUUAGCAGUAACAUCCAGUAUUUUCUGGAUCGCUUCUAUACCAACCGUAUCUCCUUCCGCAUGCUUAUUAACCAGCACACACUUUUGUUUGGUGGUGACACAAAUCCUGCUCAUCCUAAACACAUUGGAAGUAUCGAUCCCACCUGCAACGUGGCUGAUGUCGUGAAAGAUGCGUAUGAAACCGCCAAGAUGUUAUGUGAACAGUAUUACAUGGUGGCUCCUGAGUUGGAAAUUGAAGAAUUCAAUGCCAAAGCUCCAGGCAAACCUAUUCAGGUAGUUUAUGUGCCCUCACAUCUGUUUCACAUGCUAUUUGAGUUGUUCAAGAACUCAAUGAGAGCAACAGUUGAACUCUAUGAAGACAGAAAAGAGGCCUACCCAGCGGUUAAAACCCUCGUUACUCUGGGUAAAGAAGACUUGUCCAUUAAGAUCAGCGACCUAGGUGGUGGCGUUCCCCUUCGAAAGAUAGAUCGUCUUUUUAACUACAUGUAUUCCACUGCUCCUAGACCAAGCCUGGAGCCUUCAAGAGCUGCCCCUCUGGCUGGAUUUGGUUAUGGCUUGCCAAUUUCUCGUCUGUAUGCUAGAUAUUUCCAAGGAGAUCUAAAACUGUAUUCUAUGGAAGGAGUGGGUACAGAUGCUGUAAUUUAUUUGAAGGCUCUUUCAAGUGAAUCAUUCGAGAGGCUUCCAGUAUUCAAUAAGUCAGCAUGGCGCCAUUACAAGACCACACCUGAAGCCGAUGAUUGGAGCAAUCCCAGCAGAGAGCCCAGAGACGCUUCUAAAUACAAGGCAAAACAAGACAAGAUCAAGACUAAUAGAACUUUCUAGAGAACUGAAUGCUCUCGUCCUCUCUCUGAAGAAAGAUCAUCUUCCGCAAGUCAACCUCUGAGCUCCUUUCCUCUAUCAACUCUGAGCGUGACACCAUAGUUAUUCCAGUGCCGGACCUUUCCCAGAGAAACUUUCAUGUAGCUACUUCAGAUCUUCCAACUAAAGUAGUAAAUUGAGUACCUUUAUA